AUGGCGCUCUCUAUAACGCUGCAAAGCCCUGGAAAGAGCUUCUUCCACAACUACCGAGUCUACCUACUAGCAACCGUGUCUUACAUGGGCUCGCUCCUAUUCGGCUACGAUGUAGGCGUCAUGGGCGGCCUCCUCCCCUUCGAAAGCUUCAAACGCGACUUCGGCCUCCCAUCCGGCUCAUCGGGUUUCGCCGACGAGAAAGUCGCCGAAGUCUCCUCCAACGUCGUCUCGCUCCUGACAGCCGGCUGCUUCUUCGGCGCCCUCUCCGCAGCCCUCGCCAACGAACGGUAUGGGCGGCGCUACUCCCUCAUGGCUUACUCCGUCGUCUUUCUCCUCGGGGCAUCCCUGCAGGUGGGCUCGCCGAAGAGUCUGCAGUACGUCUACGCGGGCAGGGUCAUCGCCGGCCUGGGCAUCGGGGGCAUGAGCUCAAUCACGCCCGUCUUCGUCGCUGAGACCGCGCCGCCUGAGGUACGAGGCCGUAUCACCGGUCUUUUCCAGGAAUUUUUGGUUCUCGGAAGCAGUAUUGCGUACUGGCUUAACUACGGCGUGGAGAGAAACAUGCCGUCUACAACAAAACAGUGGAGGAUCCCCUUGGGCGUGCAGCUGGUUCCCGCAGGCCUGCUACUGAUCGGGUUGAUCCCACUGAAAGAGUCCCCGCGGUGGCUGGCUAAGCACGGUCGGAACGAAGAGGCGCUGGCUUCUCUAGCUUACAUGCGUAAUCAGCCGACCAAUGACCCCGACGUUGUCAGCGAGUUCAACGAGAUCACCGUGUCAUGUGGCGUCGACGCCGAAGCAGCGCGCCAGUCAACUUGGAAAGAGUGCCUCAAGCCCGGCGUGCGGAACAGAUUCCUGCUCAUCUUCGCACUCAUGGUGUGGCAGCAGCUCACUGGCACGAACUCCAUAGGCUACUACGCCCCUCAGAUCUUCCAAACUGUUGGCGUCUCGAGCGCCGACGCGUCGUUGUUCGCGACGGGUAUCUACGGCAUCGUGAAGCUCAUCUUCGCUGCUGUGUCUCUUCUCUUCGUCAUUGACAAGAUUGGCAGGCGCUGGGCCCAUACACUCGGUGGGUUAUGGAUGUCCGCCAUGAUGUUCAUCCUCGCUGCCGUCCUGGCCACUCAUCCCCCUGAGGAUGGUAAGGCAGUGUCCUCGGCGUCGAUCGCCAUGUGUGUCCUCAUCUAUCUUUAUGUGAUCGCCUACACGGGCUCCUGGGGUCCUGGGCCAUGGAUCUACGCAGGAGAGAUCUUCCCGACACAUCUCAGGUCGUACGGGGUGGCAUUCGCUGCCGCCACUCAGUGGCUGUUCAACUUCAUAGUCACCCGCGUCACGCCGCAGAUCAUCUACGGAAUCGGCUGGAAGACUUUCAUCAUCUUCGGCGUCUUCUGUCUCGCCAUGAGUAUCUUUACGUUCUUCUUCAUGAAGGAGACGAAGGGGAUGAGUCUUGAACAAGUCGAUGUCUUGUUUGGGGCGGCGGGGCAGCGCGGCGGCCAUCUCGAAGCCGGCGAGACUGAGGUAGUGCACGGCGUGGAGAUAGAAGAGCACGUGAAAGGCGAAUCGCACUCCAAGGGCGAAGAUGAUUGA